UGAAAAUUUGAUUGCAAAUUUAUCAUUUAUAAAUUUUGUUUGUUUGUUUAUAAAUUUGAUUUUCUUUUUUCAUAUCAACAUUGAAUCAAUUUUCAUCGUUUUCACCGUUAUCUUCGAUCAAAUAUAGUUAAAAUUUGCAUUUAUAUAACUGAUUAUUUUCAAAAAAAAAAAACUAAAAACAACUGAAAAAAAAUGGUUCUAAAACAAAUAUCAACUCGUGUUACGGGUAAUCGAUUUAAAAGUGCUGCAUUAGUUAUCUAUUAUAUAUUGGAAUCGAUUGUCAAAAUGUUCAUACCAAUGUCAAUGAUGAAAAGAAAAAAUGUUGAAAAUCAAAAUAUAUUGAUUACUGGUGGUGGUAGCGGUAUCGGUCAAUUAAUGACAUUAAAAUUUUUACGUUUAGGUGCAAAAGUAAUUAUUUGGGAUGUUAAUCAAAAUGGCAUGGAAAUUACGAAAAAAAUGGCCGAAGAAGAAAAAUUAAAUACAAAAAAUUUAUAUUUAUAUAAAGUUGAUCUUUGUGAUUCAAAAUCUAUUUAUACAACUGCAGAACAAGUCAAACAACAAUUAGGUCCUAUCGAUAUUCUUAUCAAUAAUGCUGGUAUUGUAUCUGGACAGAAUUUUCUUGAUAUACCGGACGAACGAAUUGAAAUGACAUUCAAAGUAAAUAGUUUGGCUCAUUUUUAUACCAUUAAAGCAUUUCUUCCCGAUAUGAUUAAACGUCGAAAUGGUCAUAUUGUUACAAUAGCAUCAGUUGCUGGUCGUAUUGGUGUAUGUUCUCUUAGUGAUUAUUGUGCAUCAAAAUUUGCCAAUGUUGGUAUGGAUUUAUCAUUACGAAUGGAAUUGGCCAAAGCUAAUCUUGAUGAAUAUAUUAAAACAACACUUGUACAACCAUAUUUUAUUUCAACUGGAAUGUUUGCUGGUGCUCAUCCAGGAGUGUUUGAAUUUAUUCAACCAGAAGCAGUUGUCAAUAAAAUUAUGCAAGCAAUUCUUACCAAUAGUCCACAGAUUGUCAUACCUGGCUAUUUGGAUUGGCUUCUAUGUCUUGUACCAUUAAUACCACAAACUUGUUUAUCACCUGUGUAUGAUUUUCUUGGUGGUUUUGAAUUUAUGGCCAAUUUUCAUGGCAGACAAUUACCAGCAAAAACAACCAAUACAAAUGGUUUAACAAAUGAUGAAGAAAUCAAUAAUAAUAUGGCCAAUAUGACCAAUAAAAAUGUUAAUAAUGGAAAAUAAUGGAAAACAACAACAAACUGAUUUUUGAUCAUUAUCAACCGACUAAUCUUUCAUCAAACCUAAAUUCUUCAUAUAAAAUCAACAACAACAACAAUAAUAAAAAGUCGACGAUAUUCUGAUUAAAUAGACUUUUAUUUCGUAUCUCAAAUUUUUUUAAUUCUUUCUUUCUUUUAAUUUGAUAAUUUUUGUAUUGAUAAUACUUUCUUUCUUCUAUUUUUUUUAUUUGUCGCAAUUAACACACACAUUAUUUUGUAAUAUCAAACGAUUUUCUUUUUUACUUUUAUUUCUAAUUAUUGAUUGAAAUUAAUAAAAGAUAAAAAAUGAUCUACCCAAAAA